AUGGGGAACCGUGGUAUGGAAGACCUGAUCCCACUGGUCAAUCAGUUGCAGGAUGCGUUCUCUCAAUUGGGGGAAGACUGUCCGUUGGAUUUGCCACAGAUUGCGGUAGUGGGUGGUCAAAGUGCCGGAAAAUCAUCUGUACUGGAGAACUUUGUCGGCAGGAUUGAGUGUUUCGACGGGGAGCGGGGAGAGAAUUGUUCAACAAGUUGGUAG